AUGUCACUACCCAAUAUAGGUCGUGUUUCAACACCUCAGCCACAUUUUAUGCCUGGCUAUACAGGAUAUUGUCCGCAGUACAUGUAUCGGAUCGGUAAUACAUACUCAUCACUCACGCAUCGAUUAUUGAUCGAUCCGACGGUGGCCCACUCGGAAAAGCUGAUCCUUUCCGAUCGAACAAAUGAUGAGUAUUCGAUCGAACGACAACCCGUUGCUACACAGCUGGACGAGGAAGAUCGACGCCGGGAGGAUGAUGAUCAGCGGGACACGAUCUACCAUCACACGCCGAUGCCCGGUUACGAGGGUUACAUACCGAGGACGAAGGAUAAAUUUGGCAAACGGUAUGCCGUCACCACUACGGAAGGUUUGUCCGAGUUUGAGCGCGACUGUCAGCGAACGCGGGCCCAGCUGAAACGAUUGCGCCAUCGUGUUGCACAACCAAUCUCAACCAUCUCCAAAGGAAGUCUCGGCGAACGGAUGCUUCGACUGAACGAUUAUGAGAUUCCGCUCCGAUUGGUGCGUCCCGAUGCGCUCAGCGUGGUGAAGGAGGUACCGAUGGAAAAUUUACCACCACUGCCCGGUUUACCUUACUUUUCCCGCGAUACACCACCGAUGGCACUGCCGAACGAACAUCCGGAAAAGUGGAUCAAACUAGGAUACACUGGACACAAACCGUUCCUUUGGCCAAGAUUCGGAGAAGCGAACGUACCGCUUACGUCGAAAGCGCUCUGUGAUUUUACCAACAGUUACAAUCACCGACGGAGCACCGACUGGGAGCCGAUAACAUUGGCCGGUGCCGGAACGACGCAACCAUCGGCGAGGGUGAAUGAAAUCUAUCACAAAACGAUUGGUCUUCUGCCUAACUAUCAAGGGCACGUUCCUGGAGCUAUGUUUAGGUUUGGGAAAACCUUCGGCAACGAUAGCAAGGAUGCGAAGAAGUAUCUAAAGCGAUGCUGA